AUGAACAAGUUGGCGGUAUUGCUUCUUGCGCUGGCUCAGGCAUGCACGUCUCUGGCUGGCUCGAAUCGACCGCAUCGUCAGAUACAUUUCUCAUUUGCGUCCUCGACUCGGACUGCGUUUCCAUCUGCCAAGCUUGCGUACGAUGACGCGCAACAGCUGUACGCCAGCGCUACGUUGGUCCAAGAUGACGAUGCGCUACCUGUACCACCGCUUCGGCUUUCGCACUCGGGACUUUAUCUGAAUCAAGCGCACGCUCCAUCCGCUGUUCGUCGUCCGGAUCAUACCAACCAGACCGACCCAUUUGAGCCUCAGCCUCUGGUAGUGCACUUUGAUCCAUCGCUGUACGCGUCUUCCUCGGCCACGGCAUCUUUGGGACCGGUUCGAUUCAGGACGCGCGAUCAAGUGAUGCUCCAUUGCGGAGAAGGCGCAGGUGGAAUCGAGGCAUGCGAGCGAGAUGAUCUGAAACUAUCUCGGCCCAGUCAGGCAUCCAGACCGAUACCUCAUCCAAAAAGCCCGACGACACAAUGGAUGCACCAAGUAGAUGAUUUUCUUGACUGUAAACCAAGGCCCGCGUCGCUGCUCCCAGGUGGUCGCUUCCAUCUCGACGAACGAUCGUGUCCCGGCUGGACCAAGUACUGGCAGGCAGUCAAACAGACACGCAAGCACUCUUCGCACGAACUCUUGCAGAGCUUUGUCGUCACUGUGAAAUUCGACAAACUGCCCUCGCCAUCCACAACGGUAUCUACCAACAAUGACAAGCCAGAGCAGGAUAUCAAGCAAUUCUGGAUCGGCCAUCUGCAUCUGCACGAGUCACGUGCUUCGUGGCCGCUCGCCGGUAAUGCGCGCGACAGGAGACCAGGCCAGGAGGACAGAACAUGGCAUCCCAAGGAUGUCAACCGAAUCGCCGGUGCCAUGGAGAAUCCAAUGAUCCCUAGAUCUUCGCGCUUGAUCAACGAUCGCAACUUUGGCGUUUUCGUCGAUCAGUCGGCCUGGACGCUCGGUGUGCAGAUCAAGAUUCCAAUGAGCAUCACCAAUCCUCGCGACGACGAUGACGACGAACCGGAAGACAUACAUAACAGGGUAAAGGAAAACAUGAUUCUGCCUCCGGAACAAGUGUUUGCGCCGGUCUCGGGACAGGUAGUGUGGGCAAAAGAGUACACAUUUCGAAGACCACCCAUCUUUGGACCAGCAGCGGGCGAAAACGACGAGAGGAGUUUCUGUGUUAUGAUUCGUGACGAGUGGUCCAUGGUCUAUCAGAUCUUUGGCAUGGAUGCAUCCACCGUCACUGUCGCCGAGGGCGAUACGGUGCUUCGCGGCGACGUUUUGGGACACGCACUUCGCGAAGGGCUUUCGAUCGAGCCACCGUCGACCGAGCCGCCUGCGGACCACGCUACGUCGAAACCGGAUCAACAUGUGUCCUACUACCCGUAUCGCUUCCGCGCUCUUGAAGUGCGUGUUUCUCGCCCCGACGCGAGUUGGACCGAGUGGAAAGAUCCCGAUGAGCAAGGCUGGCAGUAUUUCCACCCUUUGCACGCGUUUACAGAAGGUAAAAAUUACCGAUCGCGCAUUACACCGUAUGGCUCGCCCACGAUUGUGUAUUUUGCCAAGCCAUCCACCGAUCCACUCAACACGCCCCCAAAUGCGUAUGCGAGCAGCAACGAUAUCUGGACGCCCACCCUGCAAGGUCCGACCGAAAUCAUUGUUGGGUUUGAGUACUUUCAGCAAACGCCCAACGAUGCGGCUGAUGGAAUGGACAACCUUGCCAUCUAUGCUCUGGAUCUGGCGAUCAAGAAGAAGCUGGAUGGACAGAGAGAGCCACAACGCGGGAUGGAAUGCGAUCUGGGUGGCGAGACGGAUCCCACGGGUACGGCCGAGCAAGACAAACGAUACUGGAGAAGCGUGUUUGAGCAUUCCAAACUGCCCAACAACUGGACUCCGGCUUCGACUCGUUCGGACGUGGUUGGCUCGACACCUUGCAACGUGAGCACCAGCGUGGAUGCCGAGCAAGGAUAUCGAUGGAUCUCGAAAUUGUUCUCGCACUACAUCGCCGCAUUUUCGCACGGCCGAUUUUUCCCAGAAAAGAUCACAAGUCAGUUUGACGAGAAGGAAAAAAGGCUCUACUACUCUGCCAGCAGAACGACGCGCGGAGAACCCAAGAUCGACGGCGCGUUCAAUGUUGAGCACGUGAUACAGCAGGAGGGCGAAGAAGGCGGACGUGGCAAGUACAGGUUGGUGGUGAGGGCGAGGGAUUACUGGGGUAACGUUGGAUGCAUUGCUUCGGAUGUUUUGCUUACUUAG